AUGGACGUCGACGCAGAAACAUUCCCGUACCACCUGCUGGGCAUGUUCAUCCAUAUAUCCGAGGCUGACUUUGUGUCUUUCGAUCUUGAACUAUCGGGCAUUCCUUCGCGGAUUCAAGAUAAGCCUGCCCAUGGUCCAGGACGCUUCACCAUGGAGGAGCGCUAUGCUGAAACCAAAAUGGGCGCCGAUCGUUAUCAGAUUCUACAGGUAGGUAUUACAUGCGCCAGGUUCGACUACAUCGCGAACAAAUAUGUCCUGAGACCAUACAAUAUCAACAUCAGCCCUCUUUUCGACGAGCGCAUGGACUUUGAGCGCGAAAUCAGAUUCCAGAGUGGCGCAUGUACUUUUCUCCUCGGCUGCGGUUUCGACCUGGGCGCACCCUUUACCAAGGGCGUACAGUACCUCUCCCGAGAAGAGGCGGAGCGGGCGAGACAGAUGGCCUGGGAUCGGCUGGAGAACAAGAACCCGAUACCGGACUUGCAGCUCAAGGAGGGCGAUGUUGAGUCUCUUGAUUUCAUGCGCCGCGUGAGGGAAGCUAUCAAGAAAUGGAAGACUAGCACGUCCUCCUCUCUGGACAUCACAACUCACACUGGACUUUCUGCCGCGCCAUCCAUACCGGUAAUUACGCGAUUUGAGAAGCGUCUUGUGCACCAGCUCGUACGUGCCGAGUUUCCAGAGCUGGUAUCCAUAGGUCGCAAUGAAUGUGUUCGUAUUGUCGACUUGGACCCGGUCCGCGAAGCCGACAACAUGCGCAGGAUCAAGAACCGUGUAAAAGACUCCAUCAUACGGCAGACGGGUUUCCGCUGGAUCUUCGAGGCUCUGGUCAAGGGCGGAGACAUCAAUCGCACGGGUCCACUGUACGCCGCACGGACUACAGGCAUGCUCUCCACAGCUGACGCCAAUGAUAUAAGGGAUCGCUAUGAUAGGGCCAUAGAGAGAUUGAAGACCAAGCAGCCCGUUCUUGUUGGGCACAACAUGUUCACUGAUAUCGUUUACUUUUACCGCACUUUUGUGGGCGAGCUACCAGAUACCCUACAAGGAUUUCAGGAUGCAAUACACGAGUUGUUCCCCAAGAUCAUCGACACCAAGUAUCUAGCUACUUAUGCUGAGGGCGACCUCAACGCAUCCCCGUCGCUGCAAGAUAUUGCACAAAGCUUAAGCAGACAGCCUUUACCCGAGAUCAUCACCCACGCCGACCAUCCCAAAUAUCAGGAAACCGAGAGAUUCCACGAAGCAGGUUAUGACAGUCUUCUGACUGCCACCAUUAUGAUCAAGCUAGCCGCCAAGCUUGGUGCAGAACGAGGAGAAAAGGUCACAGCACCGUUAUUCAGCCAUCCUCUCACCUUCAACAAAGCAAACGGCGUAUUACAGAGUGAAGACGUUCCGGACUUUAUCAAGGAUGGACGCGAGAAGGUUAAGGAACCGGUUCCCUUACCCCCCGUGGAACAACCCAAAUCCAGAAAGACGAAGAAGCAAAAGGCAAAAGCCAAGAAAAAGGCAGCAAAGGAACGAAGAUUUGAGACUAAAAAUCUAUUUGAUACGCUCAAGACGCUGGAUCCGGAGACCGAAACAUCCUCCACUGAAGAAGACGAUGAUGCCAAACUUGCCCAAAACGGCGUAUCUAUCGAAUGGGAUGAAGAGCUUCAGGAAAGCGCUGGGUCAUGGGAAGAUGCCGUCCAUGUUCAGGACAAGACAGGAUGGGUGCCGUUGGAGCAGAUAAAGCGACGGUCGAUGGAGCUGAUACCAUCCUUCGACUCCAAGUUUUGGGAUGAGUUUGGAAAUACGUUGCGAGUCUUUGGGACUGAAGAAGCCAUCCUGCACAUCGCAGACUGGGAGGCUUGA